AUGAGAAUUUUAUCUAGUUUUGUAUUAUUAUUGACUCUUUUAGGAUUAACAAGGGCAAGUUAUUAUUAUGGAGAUAAUUUGUCUCAGUCAAUAUUACAAAAAGAAAAGGAAAAAAAUCGUGUAAUAUGGUGCACCACUUCAUUGUUGGAACAAGAAAAAUGUGAAAAAUUGACCAAAGCUGCUAUGCUAGAUAAAGGGCUUUUUGGAGAUGAUUAUAUUGAAGUUGCUUGUAAAAGAGCCUUUGAUGCAGAAGAUUGCAUGACAUGGGUAGAUCAAGGAGAAGCAUCUUUCUUGGCCUUAGAUGCCGGUGAAGUAUAUAUUGCAGGAAGAUAUCACUCACUUGUUCCUAUCGCUCAAGAGUUAUAUGGCAAUGGGGAGCCUUACCAGUAUUCAGUUGCAGUAGUAAAAAAGGGGGGUCUACCAUCUGUACAACAAAGCACUGGCCUCUAUGGGAUGCGUGGUGCAAAGGCGUGUUUUCCUAGUGUUGGAGCUUUAGCUGGCUGGGUUAUGCCGGUUCAUAUUUUGAUGAAAGAAGGCGGGUUGAAAAUCACAGACUGCAACAAUCAUGUGAAGUCAGCUGUGGAAUAUUUCGGAGAUUCCUGUGCACCAAACUCCUUGAAAGAUAUUUACAAUCCCAUAGGCGAUAACCCUGAUAAAUUAUGUAGACUCUGUGCUGGUGGACCAGGCACACGGUGUACAUUGGCAGACCCAUAUGCUGGGUAUGAAGGUGCACUCAAGUGCCUUGUAGCAAACGGCACUGGUGAUAUCGCCUUCGUAAGAGACACAACAAUACAGCAUGCAUUGUUGUCACACAAAAUAUUAGGUGGAGUAAGUGAAGACAGUUUUGAAUUAAUAUGUCGCGACGGUUCACGCGCUCCUGUUACUGAAUGGGAGAAAUGCAAUUGGGGCCGAAUCCCGGCUGAUGCCAUCGUCACUAGCAGUGCUGCCACUCAGGAGCAGCGUAAACGUUACCAAAACCUUCUCCAGAAAAUGGUGCAAUUAUAUGGCGAACCUAACCCGUCUAACAAAAAUCCAAAUAAUACUUUCGGGCACCAAAAUCGCGAUCAGUACGGCAAUGCGUUCUCAUCUACUGAACGCGAUGCAUUCGACGCGUAUAGAAGAGACAGGUACAAGUUUGACAAGCAAGAUGACUCUAAUAGAGUUAGCACUCUUGCACCAUUCCAGCGAAGACUUGACUACUCUGGACAGCCUAUUGAGCUGCCUUUCCAGCUGUUCAUAUCUAACGAAACAACUGAUUUGUUGCUACAGGAUGCCACAGUAAAUUUCCGCAUGCUAAAGGAAGAUGAACAAUCGGCGAAGCACAUCCUCAACAAUAAGUAUGUUGGUGACCAAGCGGAGAAAGCUGUGCUCGGUGUCAGAGAUUGUCCUAUAAAAAGAGCUAUAUUAUGUGUUACCAGUGACCCAGAGAUGGAUAAAUGUAUUAAAAUGAGGGUGGCGCUGAAGGCGGCGGUGCUGGCGCCGGCGCUGGCGUGCUGGCGCGGGCACAGCGCGCGGCACUGCGCGCGCGCUCUGGCGGACGGCACGGUGGACUUCGCGCUGCUGGACGCGGCAGACAUGCUGCACGCCGCGCACCACCACCGCCUCGUGCCCUUCAUGCAGGAGGUAUACACGAACGGUCACAGCUGGUAUUACGCGGUAGCAGUAGCAAAGGAACAAGACCCUGAUACUGAUUUAACGUACCUCCGUGGCAAAAACACAUGCCAUACCGGUAUCGGUAUGGCCGCCGGUUGGAUCUAUCCAUUAGCGUAUCUGCUAUCCAAUGGAUGGAUAAGGCCGUACGGGUGCGACGGCGCACAGGCAGCAGCGCAGUACUUCAGCAAGGCGUGCGCGCCAGGAGCGCUCAGCACCGAGUACGUGGACGCGGACACCGUGCCACACGACAACCUCUGCCACCUCUGCCAUGGCGCCUCCUUCAGGUACACACGCAAGCACAAGCAGGCGGCAGCGCAGUUCUUCAGCAAGGCGUGCGCGCCCGGAGCGCUCAGCACCGAGCACGUGGACGCGGACACCGUGCCACACGACAACCUCUGCCACCUCUGCCAUGGCGCCUCCUUCAGGUACACACGCAAGCACAAGCAGGCGGCAGCCCAGUUCUUCAGCAAGGCGUGCGCGCCCGGAGCGCUCAGCACCGAGUACGUGGACGCGGACACCGUGCCACACGACAACCUCUGCCACCUCUGCCAUGGCGCCUCCUUCAGGUACACACGCAAGCACAAGCAGGCGGCAGCCCAGUACUUCAGCAAGGCGUGCGCGCCCGGAGCGCUCAGCACCGAGUACGUGGACGCGGACACCGUGCCACACGACAACCUCUGCCACCUCUGCCAUGGCGCCUCCUUCAGGUACACACGCAAGCACAAGCAGGCGGCAGCCCAGUUCUUCAGCAAGGCGUGCGCGGCAGGAGCGCUCAGCACCGAGUACGUGGACGCGGACACCGUGCCACACGACAACCUCUGCCACCUCUGCCAUGGCGCCUCCUUCAGGUACACACGCAAGCACAAGCAGGCGGCAGCGCAGUACUUCAGCAAGGCGUACGCGCCCGGAGCGCUCAGCACCGAGUACGUGGACGCGGACACCGUGCCACACGACAACCUCUGCCACCUCUGCCAUGGCGCCUCCUUCAGGUACACACGCAAGCACAAGCAGGCGGCAGCCCAGUUCUUCAGCAAGGCGUGCGCGCCUGGAGCGCUCAGCAUCGAGUACGUGGACGCAGACACCGUGCCACACGACAACCUCUGCCACCUCUGCCAUGGCGCCUCCUUCAGGUACACACGCAAGCACAGGCAGGCGGCAGCGCAGUACUUCAGCAAGACGUGCGCGCCCGGAGCGCUCAGCACCGAGUACGUGGACGCGGACACCGUGCCACACGACAACCUGUGCCACCUCUGCCAUGGCGCCUCCUUCAGGUACACACUCAAGCACACGGAGGCGGCAGCGCAGUACUUCAGCAAGGCGUGCGCGCCAGGAGCGCUCAGCACCGAGUACGUGGACGCGGACACCGUGCCACACGACAACCUCUGCCACCUCUGCCAUGGCGCCUCCUUCAGACGCUGCCGUCGCGACGCGAGUGAGGAUUACUACGGGCACGUGGGAGCAUUACGUUGCAUGGUGGAGGGUGGCGGCGAUGUAGCGUUCGUGCGACACAGUGCGCCCGCGGAGGUGUCGGGAGGCCGGCGCCGCGAGUGGUGGGCGCGGGACCUGCUGCCCGACGACUGGCAGUUGCUCUGUCCCGACGGCCACGAGUGGUGGGCGUGGGACCUGCUGCCCGACGACUGGCAGUUGCUCUGUCCCGACGGUGAGCACUACACUAUAGGCCGCGAGUGGUGGGCGUGGGACCUGCUGCCCGACGACUUGCAGCUGCUCUGUCCCGACGGUGAGCACUACACUAUAGGCCGCGAGUGGUGGGCGUGGGACCUGCUGCCCGACGACUUGCAGCUGCUCUGUCCCGACGGUGAGCACUACACUAUAGGCCGCGAGUGGUGGGCGUGGGACCUGCUGUCCGACGACUUGCAGUUGCUCUGUACCGACGGUGAGCACUACACUAUAGGCCGCGAGUGGUGGGCGUGGGACCUGCUGCCCGACGACUUGCAGCUGCUCUGUCCCGACGGUGAGCACUACACUAUAGGCCGCGAGUGGUGGGCGUGGGACCUGCUGCCCGACGACUUGCAGCUGCUCUGUCCCGACGGCCGCGAGUGGUGGGCGUGGGACCUGCUGCCCGACGACUUGCAACUGCUCUGUCCCGACGGUGAGCACUACACUAUAGGCCGCGAGUGGUGGGCAUGGGACCUGCUGCCCGACGACUUGCAGCUGCUCUGUCCCGACGGUGAGCACUACACUAUAGGACGCGAGUGGUGGGCGUGGGACCUGCUGUCCGACGACUUGCAGUUUCUCUGUCCCAACAGUGAGCACUACACUAUAGACCGCAAGUGGUGGGCGUGGGACCUGCUGUCCGACGACUUGCAGCUGCUCUGUCCCAACGGUACACGCGCUAAAAUGCAUGAAUAUGAGCACUGUAACCUUGGCAAGGUUCCUGGAUCAGUUUUAAUGGGAAGAGCUAACCACACCGAGCUGGAUACAUUUUCCAAUCUAAUGGUUUACGCGCAGCAGCUUUACGGUGCAGCUACUUCAGAUGAUUUUAGUUUUAGUAUGUUCUACUCGCAACCCCCUUAUGCUGACCUUAUCUUCAGUGAUGCAGCGGUAAGGCUGAAACCUAUACCACACAGCAAGAGAGUACCUAAAGAUGCAACACGCUGUAAGAAGUGGGUGGAAAUAAUACGAUUGCUGAGAAAGGAGACUGACUGGGUGCCUUCUAAAUCUACUCUCAUUUGUUCUAAGCACUUCAGGGUACAAGACAAACUAGGACCAAAAAGCGAUUGUGGCCGUGUUUAUUUGUCUAACGAAGCAAUUCCAAUGCUUGUUGACGAACCAUAUUUUGAAAAUCCGGUGGAAUUUUUAGUAGAAGAAAAUAUGGACGAUGAUGUUAUGGAAACCGAUGAAGAGAUAGAUGAAAUAACUGAAACACCGCGAAAGCAUAAAAUGAGAAAAAACAAUUCAACGUUUGAAAAUUGUAUCUACACGAAGACUAAAAACAAAAACUAA